ACAGAGGGCAGCAACAAGAUAAUGCCGGCGCCCUAUGACCAACACUCGACUGGAUAUUCGGCGCUUCCGAACUUCAACACAAGCGAGGCCUUGCUAUGAGACCACUGAUUAGCAUGACGACCUAUAGUCAUGCGAGUUCAUGGGCUGUGCUUUGCUUGAUAGGCUUGAUAGGCUUGAUAGGCUUGAUAGCUAUGGCCGCGAGGUUGGGGACCGCGUUUGCACACAAUGUAGACAUUGGGCCAACUGUGGGUAGCCAUGCGCGUUCCCCCUUUGCUCAAGCCUACACUCACCCGAUAGAGCGCCGUGAGCUUCAUCGUAAAGCCUGUCAUUGCUUUACUAUCCACCGCCUUCUUGUCAAUCAUGGCACCAAACCCGGGCAAACAUGGGUUUCAAAUGACAAUGAUCACAUUGACUAGAUGUGAUGUUGUUUGCUCGUCGCACCAAAGCUCUCACUAAAAGCCAGGCGUGUAAAAACUGAAAUUUGCAAUCUGGAUCAAAGAGCACCAGAUUGGCCCGAUUUGAGACACUGGGAUGAAGAGCGAGACUUUGAUCUCAACGUGGGUCCUUCCCGGCGCCAUGUCUGGUCGAUAGUUGAUCAAUUGAGAUCGGUC